GCUGUCUCGUCAAGCGAUACGAGAUCGACCGUACAUGCGCCGAUGGAAAAUGCUGAAAGUGUUUCCUGAUCUAGGAGACAAAUGAAGCAGUAUAUUUGACGAAUGCAUACCUUUCUGAAUCCAUAGGAUAUUCCUAUUCCUGUAUAACUACUCUGCAAAGCCUCCAUCAACCGGGAAAAUGGAGACCGAGGCCGACGUCUCGGACCCAGCGGUGAAAAAUGAACUGAUUUCCGACGAAGCCGAAGCUGCCACGGACGAGGUUAAGUCGCCAACAGAGACACAAGUAUCAGAUGAGAAAGUGUCGUCUGAAGACGUCGAAAUACCGUAUGAAGGACCAACGUAUAGUUUAGAGGACAUGAAUGAAAUUCGCAAAUGGUGGGAAAUUCCGUGCGUGGCCCACUUUUGCUCUCUAUUUCGUGCUGCAUUUGACCUGCCUGAUUUUGAUAUUGAGGAACUGGAGGAAGCCCUUCUGGCCUCAGGGACACCCGAGGGAAGUAUGCUGAUGUGUGAUCUAAUAUCCCAGCUGUUGAAUGGAUGCUAUGGAAGAAAUGAUAUCAAGUCCUACAAUUUUGAAGUGUAUUUGAGGGACAUAUUUAAGCAGAGGUGGCAGAAGGACAGACAGAUUAUAAACCCCCUGGCAGAGUGCAGCUUCCAGGUUCUCACAGUGCGCACCAAACUGGAGCUGUUACAGGCCUUGUGUGACUUCCGACUGGAUGCUGACGAUGUGCAGGACCUUCUGAAGGGACUCGAUGGCGACAACCUGCGGGUGGAACCGAUGGGUAGGGACCAGAAUGGAGGAAUUUACUGGUACUUCUAUGGAGUCCGACUUUACAAGGAGGAUCCAGAAAUUAAACCAGAUAACACAAAGAAGAAGAAAAUUGAAAAGAAAAAGACUGCGAAGAAAGCUAGGACUCCUGUAGUCAAGAAGAAGAAGUCCCGACCCCGCUCAAGGAGAAGUAGUGGAAGGAGGAAAAGGGUAUCUGGGAGGAAGGGCCGCUCGAGGAAGAAGCUGGAGCAGGAAGAUGUGGAACAGAAAGAGGAAGAAAGCACAUUGGAAGCAAAGGCUGAUGAGGAAAUGGAGGUGGAAUCCACGGAGCCUGCAUCAGUGACCAAUAAUACAGAGGAAGCAGCAACAACGGGACCUCCCCAGACACAAGAUGGGGAUGCGGUGGAUGAAGCAGCCCCAGCAGCAGGAGAUGACACGCCGUCACGGCGCAGCAGCCGACUGAGUCGCAGGGCCAAGGGGACAGCUUCACCAGCUGUACAUGAAGACACCAGUGAUGAUGACGCAACAGAAGAGGAAGACAAUGAGGAAACUGAAGAGGAAGAAGAAGAAGAAGAGCCUGAAGAGCCUGAAGAUUCUGAGGACAAUGAAGAUGUCCCUCUAUCUGUCCUAAAGAAGGAAAAAGUUCCCGUAGAUCGGUGGCACCUGGUCUGCCAGAGUCUGGUGGACUGGGAGCAGCUGGCCGAGAACUUCAAGGAAAGCAAAGUGAGAUGUGAGAAGAACCUGUACAGGACGGUCACUGAAGACUUCCUCCCCGAGAUCCCCCGCAUCAUGGAAGAGAAGGAGCGUGACAUGAAACGACGGGCCCUCGAGAAUGCCCCGAGACGGACAUCAUGUCGACUGGAAGAGAAGCAGAAACAGAGGGAGGAGGAGGAGAAGCUGCUGGCCCAGAUGCUGGCUGCGGAGGAGAAGGUGCGGCACGCGGAGGAGGAGGAGCGGAGGAAGAUGCUGGAGCAGGAGAAGCUGGAGAUCCAGAAGCGGCAGCGGGAGGAGCGAGAGAAGCAGAGGGAGAGGAUGAGAGAAGAGCGAGAGAGGGCUGUAGAAAGAAGAGCAAAGCGUGCUGCGUUGCGGGAGGAGAAGACUCGCCUGUUUGCGGAGCGGGAUCGUCUCCUGGCAGAAGGGCUGGAGCUUCCCCCUGAGCUGCAGAACCUGGACUCCACCAACGGACACCGGGAUGAUGACGACGAUUUGGAAAAGAUCGACUCCGAGAAGGAAGAACUUUACAGUGGAAUGAGAAAAAUCCUGUACACUGUGAAGGCUCACGACGACUCCUGGCCGUUCUGGGAGCCAGUGAAGGAGGAGUUUGCUCCAGAUUACUUCCAUGUUAUCGAGACCCCGAUGGACUUGACGAUGAUCGAGAGGAAGUUAGAUGACAGAGACUACAAGUCAGUGCGUGAGUUCGCUGACGACUUCCAGCUGCUGUUUGAGAACUGUGAGAAGUACAAUGGGGAAAACAGUGAUUUCACAUACAUGGCCCGUGCUCUGCAGAAGAUUGUUAACAUCCGAGUAAAGAAGUUGCUGCCCAAAACAGUCCAUCGCUACGAGGUCGAUGAUGACUUUGUGCCCGAUGUUGACAUCUCCCCCAACGCCAAGUACCGUCCCCGCAGACAGGCUGCCAGUCACACCAUGGAAAACAUUCACGCCAUGAUGGUGGACCAGGAUGAAGAAGUUGAAAGUAACAGUUCAAAGUCCAACUACACAAUCGUAUACCCUGCGCUGAAGGCUCGUGGAGGCGACAUGCGAACUGCCGAGGGACAGGCCCGUUUCCUCCAAGCUCUCCAAGCAGCCAAGCGGAAAGAGGCAGCUGAAGAGUUCCUUCGAAAGGGCAACACCCCACAACGGUCACUGAUGGUUCAGACCAACACUAUCAACAUACCCAAAUCACCUGAACGUCCAACAUCCAUUGAGGAUCCAGUGAAGGGCAUCAUCAUCCAGAACAACCGCAAUAAGAUGCAGCUUCUGGCUAAGACUGUGAACAUUACUUCCCGCUACAAUGGGCAACAGCAGAAGCCUGCAGCUGUUCCUUCCGAAGAUCCUGAACUUGCGGCUCUCCCUAUGCAUAAACGGAUCCAGGAGAGAGAAGCACAGAAGGCCAAAAAUAAACUUUCGGAGCCUAAAGCGGAACCAGUGACAGACUCGAUAUCCGUUGUGAGGAGACAUGACGUGUCGCGUGUGUACACUGAGUUGAUACAGAAGACAGCUAAACAUACCAGCCACAAUAAAUACAGUCAGGGGAAGUCACCCCAAACAAACAUUUCACCCAAAGUUGUGCACAUUUCCUUGGAUGAUUUUAAACGUUUGCAGUCUCAGAAGGCCAAGGUGAUCGUUGUUCCCUCUGGGGAUAAGAACAAGGCCGGGACAGUCAUCCACCUCAGCACUGGGGGGAUCAGGACUGCCUCCAGCUCACCUAAUGCUAAGUCCUACAUUGAUCAUUGUAAGGAAGAGCAGAAGGCAUCACCAGCUCAGGGUGUGGUGCCGACCAAAGAUGUCAAGGUCCUGGAACAUUCUUCUGAUAAGAUCACAGUCCUGAAGACCAGCCCUGCAGACACUGUUGCAGAAUCUCCUGAGAAGGAUGAGGAAAUGGAAGUGAAGCUUGAUGAAACUCCAGAUAGUGGUCCAGAGACUCAGAUAUCAGAACCUCCCCACACAGCAGUUGAAACACCAAAGACAAUCAUGAAAACACCGAAGAAAACAGUGUUUUACAAAAAGGUGGAUGAGGAGGAAGAUGCAGUUAAGGAGGAAAAGGAUGAUUCUGAAUGUCCUGUUCCCAAAAAGAAAAGGAAGUCUGUGUCUUGGUCACAGAACCUCACAACAGAAUCUCCAUAUGUUCCCUUGCCACUUGAAGCUAAGAGUUCCAGCCCAGCUCGAUCUCCCUGCUUGUACAAAGAUGGCAUUCAUAGACGGGUACCAAGGAUGCCUAACAAGAUCGAGGAAACUGUGGUUAAGAAAGAUGAAGAAAUAGGAUCUGAGAAAACUGUCAUCAAUGGAAUGAUUGUGUCUAAAAGUGCUUUGGAAGCAACACCUGUUGUCAAGACGUACAGUAAACGAGAACCAGAAAGAAAGCGAAGUUACGAGUCUGACUUUUUUGUCGAAGAAGGUCCUGCAGAGAAUCGGGAACCUUCACCCCCAAAACUCACAAAGAUUGAACAGAGUGUCAGCACUGUUUGUGAUCAUUCUGAAGAUGCUCCUCCCGAUAUCUUCUCUGAUCCCGAAAAUGAAACCCUUUCAAGUGACACUGAUGUGAAAGUAAAGACCAUUGCCGCUAAGCCUAGUACCCGCUUGUAUACAUACACCAGGGAAAAGAAAAAGAAACUUUUUCCAAAGGAUAAAGAGACAGUUGAUGAUUCAACGUGUGCUAAGGUUGUAAGACGAACCAAGCGAUCUCCCCACGCUGUGAGAACGACUCGACGAGGUAGGGUGUCGACUCCAGUACGGGAUGACAUCGUUACAGAAAUGCCAGAACUUAAAGAGACAAGGAGGCGAGGCAGACCUUCAUCUUCUGUCAUGUGUUAUGCUGUACAAAUGAAGGAGGAUAUUGAUGCUGAAAAGAAAGUCAAAUUUACAAAGGUCUAUCAUAGGAACAAGGACAGGGAUCCAGACCAGGUGGACAGCGCUGAAUGUGAUAUACAAGAGCCGGUGUUGGACUUAGUGUCGGAAGCCAACGUGGAAGACUUUGAGGAGGUAGUUGGUGGUGAUGUAGAGAUGAUGGACAUAGGGACCGAGGCACACAUAGAGACGCCUGCUGUUGAUGACGUCUCCGGCAAGGAGACAACUGCAGGGGAGGAACCUGAUCAUCCAGAAGAAGGUGUGGAAGAGGCAGCUCUUGACAACGAGAAUUUCGAGAACGAAGAUGUAGAAAAUGUAGAUGAAGAACAUGAAAAAGAACAAGAAGAAAAACAUGAAGUAAAAGAUGAAGUAAAAGAAGAAGAAAAGGAAAAAGAAAAGGAAGAAGAGAUGGAGUCUGAAGAGGAUGAAGUUAUCCAGUUAGAGGAAACUGCAAGCAGUAGCACCCAGACAAUUGGUGAAGUUGCUGAAGUUGAUGGUAGUGUUGUACAGGCUGAGGAGGUUCUAGUGGAAAAGGAAGAGACAUUGGUUGAUGAUGUGGAGGGAGAAGGUGAAGAGGACCAGAUGAAGGAAGAACCUUCUCAAACAGAAGGGCUUAUUAAAGCAUGCCAGGCUGAGGAGGUGGGUCUUGAUACUCCUAAAACUGAGCAGCAGGAAUGUGAAAUUGGUCUGGAAGAAGCUGAGGUUGAGCCAGAGCAGCAAGGUGCUGAAGUUGAACUUGAGGUAGAGCCACAGCAGCGAGAUGCUGAAGUUGAACUUGAGGUAGAGCCAGAGCAGCGAGAUGCUGAAGUUGAACUUGAGGUAGAGCCACAGCAGCAAGAUGCUGAAGUUGAACUUGAGGUUGAGCCAGAGCAGCAAGGUGCUGAAGUUGAACUUGAGGUAGAGCCACAGCAGCAAGAUGCUGAAGUUGAAAAUGAGGUAGAGCCACAGCAGCAAGAUGCUGAAGUUGAACUUGAGGUAGAGCCACAGCAGCAAGAUGCUGAAGUUGAACUUGAGGUAGAGCCACAGCAGCAAGAUGCUGAAGUUGAACUUGAGGUAGAGCCAGAGCAGCAAGAUGCUGAAGUUGAACUUGAGGUAGAGCCACAGCAGCAAGAUGCUGAAGUUCAAAAUGAGGUAGAGCCACAGCAGCAAGAUGCUGAAGUUGAACUUGAGGUGGAGCCACAGCAGCAAGAUGCUGAAGUUGAAAAUGAGGUUGAGCCACAGCAGCAAGAUGCUGAAGUUGAACUUGAGGUGGAGCCACAGCAGCAAGAUGCUGAAGUUGAAAAUGAGGUUGAGCGACAGCAGCAAGGUGCUGAAGUUAAACUUGAGGUGGAGCCACAGCAGCAAGGUGCUGAAGUUGACCUUGAGGUUAAAUCACAGCAGCUAGGUGCUGAAGUUGAACUUGUGGUGGAGCCAGAGCAGCAAGAUGCUGAAGUUGAAAAUGAGGUUGAGCCACAGCAGCAAGGUGCUGAAUUUAAACUUGAGGUGGAGCCAGAGCAGCAAGGUGCUGAAGUUGACCUUGAGGUUGAAUCACAGCAGCGCAGUGCUGAAGUUGACCUUGAGGUUGAAUCACAGCAGCACGGUGCUGAAGUUGGAGAUGAAGUUAAUUCAGAUCCCAAAGAUGCAGAGGUGCAAGUGAAUCAGGAUGCUUAUAGGCCAGAUAUGGCUGUAGCUGAAAGCAAGAAGAACAAUGAGGUAAAAGUUGAUGAGGUUCAUCUGGCUGAAGAGGAACUUAUGGAACAGGAAGUUGCUGAAAUAGAAGUACGAGUUGAAUCAGAACACAAACAUGCUGAAGUUGAAGUUUAUGUAAAAUUAGAUUCCAAAGUUGAAAUUUGUCAGAAAACUUCAGAAGUUCAAACAGAUGAAGUCAGUUUGCCCAAGGAUACAGCUGAUGAACAAAAUGCAGCAAAGGACAAGCCAGAAUCAACUGAGGGCAGUCUGUCAGAUAAACAGAACUCUGAAAGAGAUGAGCCGGAUGCAAUUGAAGUAGGAAAGAUGGAUCAAAAGGAAGGAAGAACAAGUUCACCUACCUCUGUUGACUCACAGGUCAAGAUUACUUCAUCAAGGCAACUUCAUGACCAGAGCUCGGACUCAUAUGCCAAGACAACUUUGUCAAAGAGUGACAAGGCCUCAGAUUCACAUGCCAGAACAUCUUCAUCCAGUGAUAGGAGGUCCUCAGACUCAUAUGCCAGGUCGUCUUCAUCCAGUGAUAGGAGGUCCACAGACUUGCAUGCCAGGUCGUCUUCAUCCAGUGAUAGGAGGUCCUCAGACUCACAUGGCAGGUCAUCUUCAUCCAGUGAUAGGAGGUCCUCAGACUCACAUGGCAGGUCAUCUUCAUCAAGAGAUAGGAAGUCCUCAGACUCACAUGGCAGGUCAUCUUCAUCCAGUGAUAGGAAGUCCUCAGACUCACAUGCCAGGUCAUCUUCAUCAAGAGAUAGGAAGUCCUCGGACUCACAUGGAAGGUCAUCUUCAUCCAGUGAUAGGAAGUCCUCGGACUCACAUGCCAGGUCAUCUUCAUCAAGAGAUAGGAAGUCCUCGGACUCACAUGCCAGGUCAUCUUCAUCAAGUGAUAGGAAAUCCUCUCACUCACAUCACAAGUCAAGUUCAUCAAGAGAUAGGUCCUCUCACUCACAUGGGAGGACGUCUUCAUCAAGAGAAAGGAAGUCCUCUCACUCACAUAGCAAGACAACCUCUUCAAGAGAUAGCAAGUCAUCUGACUCUGAUGCGAAGUCAACUUCAUCAAGAGAUAGGAAGUCCUCUGACUCACAUGCAAGGACGACUUCAUCAAGAGAAAGCAAGUUAUCUGACUCGGAUGCCAGGACGACUUCAUCAAAGAGUGACAAUGCCUCCGACUCACAUGCCAAGACAUUUUCAUCAAGAGAUAGCAAGUCAUCUGACUCUCAUACCAAGACAGCUUCACUCAAGGAAGGCGAAGGUGUAGAGGACUUCUGCAAAACAGUUGAAACUAAAGGAGGUGUAGUGUCUACUGAAGCCAAGGUUGAGGAUUAUACUGGGACUGAUUCUUCACAGAAUGUAGAAGUGCUAGCAACCAGCAUCAGAUCAUCCAAGGAACCAGAAGUGCCUGAAGGUGAACAGCAAGUUACAGAGUCUGAAACUGAGAAGAGCGAUGAAAAGAAUCGGGAAGGGGAUGCUGGAACUGAAACCACUGUUGAAGCUGAAGUUGAAACGGGAGUGGUUGAGGUAACUGAAGUUCCAGUUGAUAAGAUGGAGAUGGAUAAAGUUGCAGUUUAUCAGGCUGAGCUGGCGGAAGUUGAAAUGGAACAAGGUGAUAAGGAUGAAGCUAAAAUGGAAGAGGCUGAUGUUGCUGAAAUUGAACUGAGUCAGGCUGAUGUUGAAAUGGAUGUAGAUGAAGGAGAAAGUGAAAACCGAAAUGAAGUAGCAGAAACUGAUAUGGUUGUAACUGGAGGUGAAACAGAUGAUUUAAAUCUUACUGAUACUCAUCAACUCAGGACCCCUGAAGCGACCACUGGUAAAACUGAAGUGGAGACUCCAGUUGCUGGUGAAGCUGUUCAGACAGAAGUCGCUGAAAUUCUUCAAACAGAAGUUCCUGAAACUCAGGGACUAGAAGGUGGAACAGAUCAGUCUAGUGUUACACCUAUCACAAGGAAAGACAAAGUUGAGACUGAAGCCACCGAAGAUGAGGCUAAUGUUAAUGCAGUUGAUACAAAAACAGCAUCUGUGGGUGAAGUUGAAGCUACCACAACAGAAGUUGAAGUUGAGAGUGCAAGAGAGGCAGUUGCUGACAUCGUAACACCAGAUGUUGUUGAGGAUAAGGUGACCAAAGCUGCUGUUCCAGAGUCUGAUGUUGUCAGAACAAUUGAACCUGAAUGGGAAACAUCAGUUGCAGAAAAUGUCAGUGAACGAGUUCAAAUAGCAGCCAUGGAGGUUGAGGAAGAGUGUGUUGAGAAUGGUGAUGCUGUGUGUGGCCAAGCUGAAGAAUUCCAGAGUGAGCACUUACAGUUGGAUGGAGAGGGAUCAGAGGAAGUUGUGGAGGGGGUUGAGGUUGUUGAGGAGGUAGUAUUGGUAGUUGCUGGGGGAGAUUAUGUUGAGACAAGAACUGAAUCUUCCGCUGACAAUGUGCCUGCGGUAGAUGUCAGUGUUUCUGAGGAACCAUUAAAUUCCAUGGAAACGGAUGAUGUGAAGGAUGUACGGUCCUGUGACAUGGUGACUGAUACCAUGACAACCACAAUGUCACAAACAGUGAAACAAGAUGCUCAAGAUGCAAAGACUAGUGAUGAAAUUAUUCCAAUGGAUACUGACUGUGAUGAAGAUGCUGAGAGUAAGGAUCAGGAAAUUAGUGUGCAGAUUAUUGAUGACGGUGUUAGUGCUGACGAAACUGGAAAUUGUGAUAUUGUGAACACAGGCCCAACAGUUAGUGAUUCUAAAUCAAGAGACAAAUCAGAAAUGGUGGAGGAGGAACCAAACACUGAAAACCCUCCAGAACUGGACUGUUGUGAUCCCCCAGUGCUGGAAAGAAUUUCCCCUAUUGACUACAAAGAAAGAUCUGAUUCCCCUGAAACAUCCCCUGUCAAGGGAUGUCCUUCAGGAGCCCUCCAACCUAUUUCAUACCAUGCGGAACAAAGCAGGUCCGUGAAUGGGACGGAGUCGGACAGCAAGACGUGUUCAGAAUCAGACUCAAAGGAAUUACCUGUGCUUAGUGAGCAACAAAAAGACGAUUCGGGUGAUUUUAAAUCACCAUCCAGUGAUCCAGUUAAAAAGUCAUGCAAGUCUCCUGUGUUCAGUCCCCCGAGUGAACUCCCAGUUUUACAAAAGCACAGCCCAACCAAACUUUCACAUACAAAGAGCAGUUCGGGUAAGAGUUCGCCUGAAAAUUCUUCUCCCAAAAGGUCUCCAACGUCUUCACCUCCUAAACAGGGUGUUGAUAGAAAUGUAUUCAGUGAGUUUGCCUCCAAUGUGAAUUCCUCCGAUUCCAAAACCAGUCCAACAUCGUCGCCAAGCAAAGGCUCACCAAAUAGACCUAAUCUGCCAAUAGGAUUUGCUGCAUCUCUCAGCAAAUUAAAAGAUAUCGGGACCUUUAGAUUGUCAUCAAAAUCAAAGACAUCAGACGGUUCAUCAUCUGACGGCAGCAGCUGAAGGGCUAACCUCCAUCUUUAGUCACAGAUAAAGAAACUCUGCAUCUUCGGUAACGAUCACACCUGAUUGGGCAGCAUGCACAUCUGGAAUCAUUUCAUUGGACAACAGACAGCAGUUGGGGCUCACAUCCUUGUCAUAAUCGACAGCAUCUUCGGGGUGCGUUCAUCAACUGCGGCAUGAGAAAUUGAUUGUACAUAAUUCCGUUUUAGUACAUCUGAGGAACUGAAUGAGAAAGACUUUGUGAUAGACUUGUAGUGUGUGACUACAAGAACCAUUUUAUGUUCAUUAGCAUCCAUCAGGUUUUAUUAUGUUUAUAUUUACCAAAGUUCUUGAUGGGACUCAUGUUCAUACAUCAUGUCAGGUAUGAAGACGCUGUUUGGAAUAGAUGUGUUUAUUCAAAUGAAGUCUCCUGUAACUGUUGUGGUUAGUUUUGUGUAAAUAGUCUGAGUUCAUCCAAAGAUUAUGUAUUUUGAUACAUUACUGCAGUCAUAACCUGUCUCUUCUUAUUGCGAACACUUAAACAGUUCUGGAUUGACCCGCAAAAUGUUCAAACAGUGAGACAUCAACAGGGGGCUGGUGUGGUACAGUAGUCUAAGGCGCUGACACUUGCUGUGCAGAGUUACCUCCCUUAGGCUUGCCAGGAACCUAUGAUUGUGGGUUUGAAUCCCAGAUUCAUGCUGAUUAUGUGUUUAGAUUUUCGGCACUAUACCUGUGUCUCAACAAAGUGGUAAACGUCUAAGAAAUGCAUCACUUAGGGCGUUGCUUUCGCCGCAAGCCUACACACGGUGAUGCUACUGAAAUACAAAGUGAUGAUGAUAUGAUAAAAGCAGUAAAGCAGUAAAGCAGAUUUCUCUCAGCUUCAUGUCAUGCAAUUAAUCCUAGUAUGGAUCUGUAACUUACCUGUAUUGAUUGCAUUUCUUCAGGAAAAGACACCAUUUUACAUUUAAUGUAUAAAAAUGAUCAGAUAGAGGGUAUGAUGAAAAAUGUGAGAUGUUAUUCGGGAUGAAAAAGCAGCUCUGUGAUUGGAUCCAAAAAGGAUUCAAUUCAACAUCAGAUCAUAUAAAAAUGCAAUUUCAAGGAUUCAUAAGUUGGACUGAGAAAAUAUCUUAGAUAAUUGAAACCAUGUCACCAUUAAAUGUUGAAUGUAUUUAGUUAUGAUGUUGGAACAUGUUUAUGUGUCGCGAGUGUAAAAUGUCAGGCUUCCUUUUGUAACCGACCUACAUUUUGAUUCACAGAUGACAGAACUCAGAAUGUGGAAGGCUUGUGCCAUGGCACACAGUGGGUGAAGCAAAUUGUAAAUGUUAAUUAUUUUUCACAUAGUUUGUGAAUUGACCAUGUUUGCCGUCCUGAAGUGUUGUAUAAGCAUUUGACAUGAAAUGUUACUGUUGUUUUAAACGAUGUUCCUGUUUCGUUACGAUGGUUUAUCUGAUGUGCAGAACACACUGUUCAGUUUUCGUUGAAGAAAUGCAGUUCCAUGGGCACUGCAACUUUCACAAUAUUAUUUUAGUUUGACUAUUUGUGUACAUGCAUGCAUAACACCGCAAUGAUCGAUUUAGACACUGUUAUCAUAACCUUGUGCAUUGUCAGCUGUCCUCCAAGUUACUUUGUAAGUCAUUAAUCUGGCCAUAAUAAACUAAUUAUUCAAUUUAUAUCCAACUGAAUGACCACCAAACACACUCCCAUCGUUUUAUUAUCCCUAGCGGGGCGGUCGGGUAGCCUAGUGGUUAAAGGGUUUGCUAGUCACGCCGAAGACCCGGGUUCGAUUCCCGACAUGGGUACAAUCCCCCGCCGUGAUAUUGCUGGAAUAUUGCUAAAAGCAGCGUAAAGCCAUACUCACUCACUCACUAUUAUCCCUAGCACCUAGAGAUGAAGAAACCCACGAUCUGUGUUCCCUGGUUUCGUUACUCGAUGAACCUAUGAUCAUGGGUUCGAAUCCCGGUUCGCCCUGAUUAUGAUUUUUGGUUCGUGAGCACCAUACCUGUGCUCAGGGGUUUCACCCAAGGGGUAAACAUCUAAGACCAGCAUCACUUUGGGCUUGACUCUGUGAUACAGAUGGAAUACUGUUCAAGCGGUGUUAAACCCAACCGACUUCGUAACUUGAAUACCCCAUAGCCCAACCAAACACUCAUGCUUCAUGUGAAUCACAUCCUUUGAAAGUUAAUAAUGUAUUGAACAAUUUGUUUUAAAAAAUCACAUCAAAACUAACAUAUCUGGAUGAAAAUCUGAUAAUUUAUUGUGGCCUAAUGCAUUCAAAUACUGGAAACUGACACUUUCAAGUCCUGUCACUUUAUGGAAACAACGUGUUAACAGUUACUAAUGAAACAAGGCUAUUUAUCCAUUCCUGCAGACCUAGUGAAUAUUGCUUAUAAAGCACAGUGAAUGGGAUGAUAGUCUGUUGGGAUUCUAGAUCAACUACAUUAAACUUUUUUUGAACUAUAGAGGCAGAAUUUCAUUCUUUGAUACUCUGGCUAAAAUUGUGUAAAAUAUUGUUCAUAAGAAAUGUCGCUUACUGCUGUAGAUGCCAUUGAAGCUGUUUGUCCCCGCAGUGUCUGCCAGUACCUCAAGUUUGUUAUCAAGCACCUGUAGGUGGCCAUGAGUCUCUACACGAGCUUGACUUACUAGUAUCAGGGAUGUGUGACAACUUGUACAAUAACACCUGCAAAAUAUCUUGUUUCUUAAAACGCUGUACAUGCUAAUAUUUUCUGUGGUUAGUUUUUCUUAAUUCUUUCGAAAUUCAUGUAAAGAAGUGACCAUGAAUUACACUUACUGGAUUGAGGGCUGACAUUUCUUUUUCUCAUUUUUUUCAACCCGCUUAAGCAUUGUUCAGUAUAACUGCUGAUAAACAGUCAUUGUGUAAAUGUUCCUGUUCAGCCAUUGGUUAUUCAGUCAGUAUUUAAUGACCCAUAACUGUUGCUGAUGUGCAAGUGCUUAAAGAUCUGAAAGGUUAGAUCUCAAACUUAGAUUUGUGUGUUUGUAUUAUUUGUGAGAACACUAUGCUACCACAUAACAUGUUCGCGAGCAGGGACAGCCUUUUCUCUGUUAGAGUAUGGGAUAAUAUAUACUUUCAAAGAGUUUACAUUUUGUACAGAAUGGAAGAUUUUGGAAUAAAUAUUAUCAUAGUUUUUAACUAUUUGAUAUAAGUAUUAUCAACUGCUGGAAAGUUUUUUUGGGUAAAUUUCAGAGUUUAAGCUCAUAUGAUGAAGGUUUUUAGUGUGUUUUAGAUGUGUAUGAAAUUUGCUUUUUGGACGUUUAAGCUGUUUUCAUGAUGUAAUCAAUGUACUCUGAAAGUUCUAACCUAUCAGUAGGGAAAAUAUGGCUUUACUGAACAUGGUUUGACACACUUUUAAGAUGUUGAUGAGUUCACAGGACUUCUUUGUUGUACUUUGUCACUGGAAGCAAUCAGUGUAUGAAUUUCAAUUAAAUAUUUAUGACUUGUAUGAUGA